UAUUCCCGCGAACUUAUCCCGAAAUUUUUAUCGGAAACUAACCGUUGACCACGGAAACUUCUCGACGCGGCGACUCUAGCGGUGAAGUUACGCAAAAUUUAAAAGAAACAGAAUGCCGACACCAAAAAUCAAUUGACGUCACGAAAUAUAAAGCCAUGGAACAUUACAGAGAAUUUACCCGGUGCAUCCAAGCUGAUUGCGUAGUUGCUAGCAGUCUUGUCGAAGAACCAUUCGUCAGAGAUAAAUUCCUCAAUCGUCCAAAGAAUCCUCGGAUGAGAAUAAAAAUCGUGGGUCUUUUGACUACAAUAGCAUUCCAGAAGGCUCGUUUGAUGGCUUUAAAGGUACAUGAAUAUUCAUCGUUUCGAUUCGCAGAGCCAGAAAUAAGAGGGUUGAUGCAGAUAGACUGGCGCGAGUAUUUGGAAAAGAUGAGACAACGCUUCGGAGGUCAGAUGUGGAUGUCCGAGGGACAGGUUGUAGUAUUUGUGGAUGAUGCCUACAUUGGUAAUGAUAAAGAUUUUUGGGAUUAUGUAACACAAAACUACGUGUUUCGAUUGCCAGAAAAAAUAGAUUACUAUCAAACUUCUAUCUUGGAACAGUGGAAGCAAUGCAUGGAAAAUUCCAAGCGGGACUAUGUUUAUUUUACCUUUACCAUUGACAAUCAAACAAUAGGAUCAUUUCUUUUUAUGUUGUAUUCAGAUCUACUACCAAGAACUUGUAAAAACUUCUUAAGUCUUUGCAUCGGUGACAGUGGCCAAACAAGUGAUGGUAUACAUCUUCAUUACAAGAAUACGCUUGUCCACCGUAUUGUAAAAAAUGGAUGGUUACAAAUUGGAGAUAUUGAAUUGAUUCGUGGCGGAGGUGGUACGGCUGCAAAUGGCGGAGUAAUUCCAGACGAAUCCUUUUGCGUACCACAUAAUCGUUGUGGAGUACUUUCCAUGGCAAACAAUGGAAAAGAUAGUAAUGGCUCUCAAUUCAUAGUUUCUAUCAAGCCCAACCCUUGGAUGGAUUAUUAUUACGUAGCUUUUGGCCAACUCGUGGACGGAGCUGAAACAUUGAGAAAAAUUGAACAAGUACCCACAGUCUACGAAAAACCCUUGAGGCGGAUAGUAAUAUCACGUUGCGGAGAAUACUUUUUUGGAGAUGAACCAGUCAUGGAAGCAGGACCAGACGCGUUUGGCAAGCAUGGCUCAGAGAGAUCUUCUCGAUCAGGAGAGUCGGGGGAGUGCCCAAGUCCCUGCAAAUAUCGUUAUUCUGGAUAUCCUGGUGUCAAGCCAUGGCUCGACAACGUUGCAGAUAAAUUGGACGAUCGAGAUACGAUCUCUCUGCUCAUGGCAGAGCGGUAUCUAGGCGGUCUUUAUUCUCUCGCAACAGACUACUUGCCAGGAACCGAUAUGCUUCCGUCAGAACCAGCAAAAGGGAAAUCAAAUGGAACGCCGAAUUUGGACAUGAGUCGAGUCUGUCCUACUGGCCCAUCACCGGAGAACGAAGAGUUCGUAUUUAACUUCGAUGCGAACAGUGACGACGAAAAAAUAUCCUUGAUAUGUAGCGCUGGCAGAGAAAUAGUCGCCUGUGCCCUUGAGUUCUGCAAUGAUGAGGUAAGACUCGAUACUUUGAAUCACACAACGUCCGAUUACACCAUCAGGGAUUUCGUUCACCAGGUAAGUUUGGAACGUAUUUCAAUGGAUAGCGCGGGUACAGCGCAGUGGAUUCUUGAAUUAGCCUGCGAAAUAGCGGCCGCUGCUCUCGCCAGAGCAAAAAGUGUGGAAAAAUUAGCGGCGGAUGUUUCGGAAGAUCAACGACAAACGUCGUUCAGCGAAGAAGUAAAAAAGAUUACUGGGGGUCGAGUGAGCUUGGCAGGAAUUUCGCUAGUGGAAGAAAUACUGCAGGAAGCCUUAUUGCAUGCAGUUGAGGUAGAGCCGGAUAUUGACUAUUCUGAACCCGGAACAGAAUCUUUGGAAGGUUAGGGGGUGAGUUUAAAUGCCAAUCAUUAAAGGACCAUCGAGUUUUACGUGUGAUUUUCGGAGUUUUUAUAAUGAAUGGGAGAGAUAUGUACACAUAGUUGAAUCGAAGAACAGAAAAAGUAACAUGGUUGGUGCAAGGAUCUGAAUAUAUAUAAAGUUUAAUUUAUAAGGA